AUGGAGAAUGAUGCACGUGUGUUUGGUGAUUCAAAUGAAAUACAGUCAGUGACGGAGGGAGAUUCGGUCAUUCUACACCCUGGUGUCACUGAAAUACUGAAAGCUGAUCUGAUCAUGUGGAAUUUAGGGACUAAUGGGCCUCUAAUAGCUAAACUUAACAGACUGACCAAUGAGAGCUCAAUAAAUGAUGAUGUUCUUGAUGGGAGGUUCAGAGACAGACUGAAACUGGAUCAGCAGACUGGAUCUCUGACCAUCACAAAUAUCAAGAUCACAGAGUCUGGACUUUAUCAAGUAACCAUCAGCAGCAAGACAAAGACCAAAUACAGAUACAGUGUUACUGUCUAUGCUCGUCUGCCUGUUCCUGUCAUUAUAAAUGACUCUCCACAAAAUUCUUCAUCAUCAUCAUAUUGUUCAUUGUUGUGUUCAGUGGUGAAUGUGAGUGAUGUGAGUCUCUCCUGGUACAAAGGAAACAGUUUAUGGUCCAACAUCAGUGUGUCUGAUCACAACAACAGUCUGUCUUUACGUCUGGAGUGUCUUGAUGAUUCCUACAGCUGUGUGGUCAACAAUCCUAUCAGCAACCAAACUAAAUAUGUCAACAUCACUCAACUCUGUCAGCCAUGUUCAGAUUGUGUGUUCUGUUGUUAUGCUUCUGAAGCUAUCACCCGAUUGACCAUCUCUGUUCUGGUGGGCGUGGCUACUGUUGUUGUUGUAGUUUAUGACAUCACAUCCAGAAAAGCGCAGUCGGUGGAGAGCUACUGCGCCCGACUGCUCAAUCUGACUCAGCCGCCUCGCUGUCAUGAGUGUUUUUUGGCACAGCAUCACAACAGAGCAAGGCGGACGUAA